AUGUAUUUUUUCUAUACAAAUAUUUAUACGACCGUCUAUUAUUUCUUUCUAAUCGAUGGAAUUCUUUCGUAUUAUUUGGGUGAUAUAUUGUUCACUAAGCAUAAUCCAAGGGAAGGCGAUUGGUGCAAGUAGAUAUGGUAACGAUGAGAAUCCCGUUUUCAAUGUCAUGGACCAUAGUGCCAUUGGAGAUGGCAUCGCAGACGACUACCAAGCUUUUCUAGAUGCGUGGACAACGAUGUGUAAUACAGCCGCAACUAACGCAAUCCUUGUCGUACCAAAGGGAAAAACAUUCGUAGUGAGUCGUAUAAGCUUCAAUGGUACUUGCACAGUACAAAAACCAUUUAUACAGGUUGAUGGGGAUAUUGUUGCACCUACAAGGGAGGGUUGGAGCGGUGGAAAAUCCCGACCCACUGAUACUUGGAUCACAUUCAACAAUGUGAAUGGUCUAACAAUAAAUGGAUCUGGUCGAAUCGACGGUCGAGGUUCAUAUUGGUGGGAUCUACAUGACAAAAACAGACCAUCGGCAUUAAGAUUGGAAAACUGUAAUGAUUGUCAAUUGAGCUGGUUGACGCAUGUGAAUAGCCAAAGAAAUCACAUCUCUAUAAGUGAUUGUAAUAACGUGGUGAUUUCUCACGUAAACAUAAUUGCUCCUGAGGACAGUCCCAAUACUGAUGGUAUUGACAUUAGUCUUUCACAAAACAUCCGAAUCGAACACUCUUCCAUCGGAACCGGAGAUGAUUGUGUUGCUAUCAAUGGAGGAUGCAAGUUUAUCAAUAUAACCGACGUGAAUUGCGGUCCUGGACAUGGUAUAAGCAUUGGAAGCUUAGGAAAAAAUGGGAAGGAGGAAACAGUUGAAGAAGUGCAUGUUCAUAGUGUUAUCUUUUCUGGAACUAUGAAUGGAGCAAGGAUCAAGACAUGGGAAGGAGGCCGGGGAUUCGCAAGAAAAAUAUCAUUCGACCAAAUUAUUGUAUCAGAAGUGUAUAACCCUAUUGUCAUUGAUCAACACUACUUCAGUGACCAGAGCUCGGUAGAAGCGUCUGCUGUUGCAAUUAGCGAUGUAACGUUCAAUGGAAUUAGCGGAACUUCGACAAAUGAUAUAGUAAUUAAUUUGAACUGCAGCGCAGUUAUACCUUGCACAAGCAUCUCCAUGAGCAACAUCAACAUACAAUCAACAAAUUCCGUAGCCUCUUCUAAUUGUGAGAAUGCUCGUGGAACAGUCAUUGAGACAUCUCCUGAUGUUCCUUGCUUAACAUGAUUUAUUUUUGAAUUUGGCAUUC